AUGUGGGCUGCCGUUGCCUCACGCGGUAUUGCAAGCUCCGCCAGCAUCCCACUCUCGCAAUCCACAGGAAGUAGCAGCCAGAGCGCGAUUGGAUCUACCAACUUGCGUAUUACCACCCCCCUAGUGCAACAGGAGGAGAGUAUAAAUGCAGGCACAAAGGAAAAGUUCACGAGAUACAUAGAUGUGAAAGAGGCGACCAACUGGAUCACCAGAGCCCUACAAGAGCAUGAGACCACGAAGGAAACAGAGAUAGCAGGAGUGGGCGUAACAAAGUUUGGCUAUGUUAUACGCUUUAAAAAUGAGAAAUCAAAGGAGAUAGCCUCGAAACAUGAUGAUUGGUUGGCAGACCUCCAUCCAGAGACAAAGAUUGAUAGACCCCGAUAUGGCAUUGUAGUCCAUCGCACCCCAACCGAACAGGUCCAACUAGAUGACAAGACAGAGGCGGCAACUAAGCUCCUAGAAGAGAACGACCUCACCUCAAAAGGCUACCGUAUCACAGAUGUAGCCUGGCUUAAACGCAAAGACGUACCCCUUGGAAAGCAUGCCUCGCUAGGAAUAUGGUUUGACAGCCCUGGUGCGGUUAAGUGGGCAGUGCGCAAUGGAGUUCUCUUUGGCAAGCAGUAUAUUGGCAGCGUCGAGCCAUACGAGCCAAGAAGGAAGAGAUGCCACCGGUGUGCAAGAAUUGGACACCUAGCUUGGAAUUGUAAAGAACAAAGAAGAUGUGCACACUGCCUGGAAGACCAUGACAAGAGCGAAUGCCCAGAGGGAACUCAACCUCGAUGCGCAGACUGUAACCAAGGACAUCAUACAGAAGCAGCUGAAUGCACCAAUCGGGCCACAAGAUUUCCACGUUUCCAAUAA